AUGGUGAUCAAGUUCACAUCGAACAGUGUCAGCCCGCCGGUCAUGAUUUACAUGGGUGUUGAUAAAGUGGAGAACGAGGACUUGAUCAAAUACGGCUGGCCAGAAGACGUAUGGUUUCACGUUGACAAGCUCUCAUCAGCUCACGUCUAUCUGCGUCUGACACCUGGAAUGACUAUCGAUUCGAUUCCAGAAGCUUUGCUUGAGGACUGUUGUCAACUGGUGAAACAGAAUUCAAUCGAAGGAUGUAAGCUGAACAACGUGGCCAUCGUCUACACGAUGUGGUCGAAUCUCAAGAAAACCGGUGACAUGGCUGUUGGACAAGUUGGUUUCCACAGCCACAAGCAAGUGAAACACACCGUCGUGGAGAAGAAAUGCAAUGAAAUCGUCAAUCGUCUCGAGAAAACUCGCUGGAAGGGAGACAUCGACUAUAAGCAAGAACGUGAUGCUCGCGACGCCAAAGAACGUCAGAAGCUGAAGAAAUUAGAACAAGAGCGAAAGGAUCGAGAGAAAAAAGAAAUGCUGGCUAAGAAUGAACAGAAGAGGAUACAAAAUUACGAAGACGUCGAUUGGGAUGCCGGAGCGUCUCGCAAUGAUGAAGACCCAGGAAACUUGUCCGAUGAUUUCAUGUGA